GAUCUUCGAGACAAUCUUAUCACGACACCAGGCAGCGAUCAAGUGCAACGUGUCCUUGGGCGAAUAUCGAAAGUGUAAGUUUGAUCUAAAUAUAUGUUUCAGCUGAAGGAGAAAGUGCAAACUAUGAUGUCAACUAUGAUGUCACACCGCGAGAUAUGAUCAUCGGAUACCCCUUCCCGAAAAUUUGGAUCCAUAAAGAUAAGCACUAAUUUGGGCAAGUUUUGCGGUUAACGUAAACCGUGUUUCGGUUGUUUAGCGUUGGCUUUCGAGUUCCUAGAUCAUCCCUUUGGAGAAUUUCAUCGUUUGCCACAUUUAGUUCCAACGGUAGGUCGUCCGUCAAGACAACGGCAUUCAUCACUGGCUGAGCGAAACAAAACGAAAUAAGGUUUUAUCAUUCGUGAUUUCAUUGGAAAGAUACUGCCUUUAGGCCAUUCUCCAAGAAACAUUUCAACAUUGUGAUAAGUUCGACCCUUCGAAAAAGAGGUCAAGGGAGUAUUUCAAUAAAGCAACUAUAUCCAAAUCAUUCAAAGUUUUAGUGGAAAACUGUCAGAUUUUUUUUACUAAAUACCUAAAAAAUAUAUUUUUGUAUCCUAACACCCCCUUGAUGAAGCCAAAUGGAAAAUGGCCACCGAAAAGUUUUAAAUUUCUGGGUAUGAGAGCUUAACGAAGAUCGGAGGAUAUGAAAUCACCAUGGUGGAACGUGUUUUUCACAUAAAAACGAAAUUGUGGUCUCCUUGACAAUGGAUUUGGGUGGUAAGAUUUCGACGCUUUAGCCAGUGCUACGUUCUUGGGAAAAGAGAUCCUUUUUUGAUUGAUCCUUUCAUACCAAGAUCUGAGUAGCAGUUCUUCUUAUGUAAAUUGUUUGAAAUUAUGCUCCCUUCACAGUUUCCUGGACAAUAAUCCUCUCGAGUGCGACUGUGCAAUAAAACCUUCCCUUUGGACAGCUGAGGUGACUGGCACGUGUGCACAUCCACCUCAUCUGAGAGGAGUCGAAGUUAACACACUUCACACCGAGGAUUUCAAAUGCGGUUUGUUGGAUUCUGAUUUCCUAUUAGGAACCUUUCUGAAAAAAUUUAAAAUCAAUCAUGCGACUCUGAUCGGAAAUGACUGGAGCUUCUACCCAAGAAAUGAAAUUCACUUGGACUACGCCCUUUGUGGUGGGAUUUACAAUACACUCGAGACGAACGUUCCAGUAACAUACUUGAAAACUCGAUUGUAGGGAUAAUCCUUGACAGCAUUUAUCAAACAGAAAUUAAAAUCUCUGCGGUAGCAAAAGCAAAUUGUAUUGAGUCUAACAUGUUUUAAUAUUCUUUCGAUUUAGCUAAAAGUUGCGCAGGACUUUUUACACAUGGAAGACGCUCGAAUACUUUUUACAAUUUACAUAACCCUGACCACGCUUUGCUGCCCAGAAACCAGAGCUACAUUCGGGUAUGGUGUGACAUGCAAGGGCCUAAUGGUGGAUGGAUCCUUCUUCAACAGCGUAACAAUGCUACUUUUAACUUUCUUAGGAAUUGGGUUUCUUACGAAAAGGGUUUUGGAGAGCCUGGCUUCGGAUACUGGCUCGGAAAUAGGAACAUGCAUGCUAUUACUUUCAAAAGAAAGCAUGUGCUGAGAUUUGAACUCCCAGACCUUGUUGAUGAGAAAAACCAAGUCUUGUUUUUCGAAUAUGAUAAUUUUCGAGUAUUGAGUCCCUCAACUUACUAUACCAUUCAAACGGGAAAGCAUCGCGGUACUAUUCAUAACAUCUUCUGGUACAUUAACAAUUCUGCGUUUUCCACAUGGGAUCAAGAUAAUGACAAGUCAAAACAAGCAUGUGCUUGGAUAAAUAGUGGGGCUUGGUGGUAUGGAGACCACUGUUAUGUUAUUGACCCAAACAGCAUGCAGGAAUUCAUCAGGAUUACGAUGAAAGCCAAAGAAGUCUUGGGAGGUAAUGUUCUUCAAAUAGGAGCUCCUUCGUGAAAUUGAGUCGCCCUAAAGUCUGAGAGGGUCAAAUAGAAUGAAUAAUAAUUUCCCAUCAUACUUGAUGUAAGUUCACGAUCUUUUAUCCCGAGAAAGCGAGAUUCCAUGGAAAUCCGAAAUUGGCUCCCUUUUAAAUCAAAGAGACUCUAAACAGGCAAGCGUUACUAGUCCUCUUUCCCAGAGCCAUUCAUGAUUUCUGCUUUUGCUUUUUCGAAAAGACUAUUAUUUGGUCUGAAUUAAAACUUAACGAUGUUGAAUUCUUAGAAAUAAACUUAAAAUAAAAUCAUUGUUUUAAUCGUCCUGAACGAUUAUAAAUGGUUUACUCUUCCUAGGAUAUAAGUCAUUGUGAUUUAGACGAUUUUGGCUAUUCGUGUCUGAAGAAUUAAACGCAGUGUAGAGAUGCAAUUUAUACUUUCGCUCUUAGAAAGGGAUAUGAUAAGUGAUAGAGCGGACGAUAAAGCGACUCUUUUAAAAACGAAGUUUGAAAAGGCUUCCGUUGCGAUGAGGUUUAAUCAUAGAAGCGCUAAAAUAACCUCUUAACAAAAGGAAAACCAACCUGCUUAGAAUAAGCAACUGUACCGUUGACCGUCUAACAUCACCAGAAGUUGUACUCUAUUUUUGCAUUGUAUGUUUUCCUCUUAGAGCAGCUGGAUUGACUUUACUUUGUCACCUCUCAAAGUAAGUAUAAGGCUAUCUAAUUGGAUACCUCAUGCAUGAUCACUUUCCCAGUCAUGCAGAUCAUAACCUUUUCCUUUAUAUCCUAGGGAACUGUAAAUCAAGAGAAGUCUAUGGAAGAAUUGAAUGUGGAUGGGUAAACAUCACAAAAGAUCACUGCUUGGCACGUGAUUGUUGUUAUGACAUCACUGCGCAUGGACACAAUGCAAGGAGCAGUACUGUAAAUUGCUUUGUUAAGCCUCAUCUUGGUGAGUGAGCUAUGCGAGUUCUCUGACUUAGUGAUAUAUUGCUAUUCAUCAAAAGUUCGUCUUUAGGGUUUUUGGAAAUUCUUUAUCACAUGCCGGUAUUUUAAAAACAUGGCCAAUUUUACAAUUUAGCUUUAUUGAAAUAAGCUUUUGCUCAGUAUAUUUUCUGUAUGACUAGUCUCUAUACUCGUGGGUUGAAAAAGUAAGGGAUAGGCUUUGGUGGCUGAAGAUGCUGAAUUUGAAAAACAAGCUAUUGAUAUAAAGGAGCAAACUUACUGAUUGGUGUCGACACAAGGAUCAUGUAGGCUAGCUCAUCAAUUAACUCUAAUUUAAUUUCUUUUUAAAAGUGUUUGUGGAGCGAAUUGGCUGCUUCUUUAUUGAUAGUAGACGGAUAUUGGCAUAUCAAGACCCGCCUUUAGAAAUUGUAAAGUCCUGCAGCUCUUUAGCGAGGUCACGUGGUCUUAAAGUGUUUGCUGUGCGUAAUGGCAGUGAAUGCCUUGGUGACAAGCAGUUACCCUCUCUAUUACAUCGACUGUUUACUUCGAGAGGAUGUCUCGGAGGUCGAGGAGGACCAAACGUGUCUGAUGUUUAUCGUCUUACAAGUAAGAAAGCCCUCGUACUCAAGUAUUAAUCUCCGUCCAUGUAUCUUCUAAGCUCUCAGAUAUGUAUUACUUUUACUUGCUCACUCACCUAAUUUAUCAUCCAUCUGUCUAUAUUCGUCAGCUUAUUUAUUAUACAUUUUUUGCCAUUGGUUUGUUGGCUCGUUCUUUCAUAUACCUCCUUCUAUCUAUUCUUUAACUGGAUAUCUAGUUUUGCUGUUGAUGCAUUUGUGUUUUUUUUUGUUUGGUUUCUUAUUUUAAUGUAUUGUUUUAGGUAAAAUCAAAAACCAGAAAACCCGAUUAUUUGUAAGUUGACAUUCCAUUCUCGGGCCAACUACUUCAAUAACUACUUGAAUAAUCGAUGACUUACACAAAGAAUCUGAAAAAAAUUAACUAAGAAAAAAUUGAAGGAGUAGACAGGUCUCUCAAAUUCGACUCAUUUUUUUGCUUCUUAAUUUCAGUGUUUGUCACUAAGUUGACCGGACUCGGAGCCAGCAAAACUACAUUUCAAAGUGUUCAUGUGGAUUGGAAUGCAUCCCCAGAGCCAUUUAUUCUUGGCUACAGAAUUCGUUUCCAGGACAACUCUUUUGUGGUCCCCUGGAACAAGACUUACGCCCACUUACAGGGUCUCCACAGCAACACAACGUACAACAUAAGUGUGAUACCACUUCAUGGUUUAUCAGAUGAAGAUAAUUUUGCAGACAACGCAGAAAGCAUCCACAUAGUCACCAAGCCAGAGUCGGGUAAGUAAGAGGUUGAAGUUCUCACACCUUGCCUUUCAAAAUUCCCAACGAAUGCAUGGAUACGAAGACAAUCAGGUGACACGAAAUCCGAGUAAAAUGUUCAGCGUAAUGUUUAAAGGGUAUUUAAAACCACUAACUUUCUAAAGGCCAGGUCUUAUUUCUGAUAAACAAAAAAUAACUUUUGUUUUGGCUAUUAAAUGUGACUCGGCAAAAUUAAUGAAAUCCCUAACUUCACAGUAAUAAACAGCUAAUGCUUGUUUAACUACUAAAUCUUUCCUUGCCGUCUUUAAUUUACGAACUCCACAUAAUGUGAUAGCCCAUGGCACAUCUUGGUGUCAAAUAUUUUUUUCCAAUUAUCUGUGACUGUUGCUUGAGUGUUUACUUAAUUUACUUCGGGGGAUGGAGAAGCAAACACAACAGAGACCCAAUCAGAUAUACCGACAAAUGUACUUCCCAUUACGUGCUUAGCUUCCAUUACGAAGAAAUAAAAAGCUUUCCGAUUUUUUGAUAAUUACCAUUAUCUUAGACGCGAACGCUUCCCUAACAUUCCUGCUUUUAUUUCAGCUCCGUCCCGAGCACCUGCCUUCGUAGCCGUGCAGAACUCCAGUUCUACGAGUCUGACAAUAAAAUGGACCUAUAUUACAGAAGGAAAUUUUCAAGGAAAACCCAUUGGCUACAAUGUCUCCUAUUAUUCAGUUAUUUUAAAGAGCGAUAUUAGUUUUGGGAUUGUAAACUUCACAACAAAUGUCACAACACUCACUAACCUAAAUGCUUAUACUAUUUACGUCGUUAGAGUGGCAGCUGUAAGCUCUGGAGGAAUAGGACCUGCAAAGGCAAUAAAGGUUCGAACAGACGCAAAGGGUAUGACCGCGUUGGAAAUAGCUUUAGAUAAUCUAACUAGCAAGUAAUUUUCGUGAGAGGAAGCAUCAAGAAAACUUCCUUGAUUAACUACCACAAUCCCUGAACAUGCAGGUCGACUACUGCUUCUUUGGAACGUUGAUGGGCAUUUGCUGCGUUAAAACAUCUUGAAUUUUUUACUUGCUUUGGUAAAUCGUGCAAAAAGACAGAAGAUGUCUCGAUCAUACCAGAAAAAACGGUGGGGCACUUCCAUGGCAUUAACUGACAUGCACCGCCUAACAGGAUAUUUUUUGGUGAUUACUCAAUAGAUCUUUAACUUGAUAUCUCUAUCAGGGUGCCGUCUUUCCGAACCUUAAAUAGGUGAUUACCCCUUAACGUACAAAGGUCACAGAAAUUCAGUUCAUACAUGUCGGUUUCGAAGUGUUUUAACAUUUGAAGAUAAAUGCGUACGUAUAAUCGUUAUUUCAAUUUGUGAAUUAUCAUAAGAUUCCAUUAGACACUUAAUGGCAUUGGGAAUCCCCAUAAGUUUGAAGGGAUAGGUUUGUCACACAAGGGAAUUGUUCAUAAUUUUCUACUCGUUUCUCCUUAAGCUCCAUCUGCAGCUCCUCACUUGAUAACCGCAUACAACUCCAGUUCUACGACCCUGUUGGUGGAAUGGAGUUACCUUCCAGAAGAUAAAUUCGAAGGACAGCGAAUUGGUUACGUAAUCAACUAUUACCCUGUCGAUUUAAAGGGCGAUAUUGAUUUUGAGAACGUAAACUACACGUCAAAUACCACAACACUAACCAACCUGACUGUUUAUACCACGUAUGUCAUUCAUGUGUCAGCGGUGAGCUCUGGAGGAAUUGGCCUUGCUAAUGCAGUAGAGGCCCGAACAAGUGCAAAAGGUACGGACUUAUUUAUAAUACGUAAGGCAAGAUUCAAACGUUAAUAAAAGUGUAUAUAUGUUCUUAGAACUAAUGAGCGCCGUUGAACACGAGUUAUCACCAACUAUCAUGCACUCUUACAGAACUUAUUUUCCAUUUCGUUGCAUAGAUGACACUUAUUUACAUUUUUUUUCGGUUGGCAAUCGGGAUAUCCUUUCAUCCGUUGAUAAAGGGAGCCGAAAAAAAUGAGAAAAGGUCUUCACAUACUGCCACAAAAACACUGAUAACGUGACUGCUGGGACCAAGUAACGGAAUUAAUAGACAAGAGAAAAGGCGGGUCACGAAAGAGUAGGCAGAACACCAGUCAGCUGAGCAAGCGCCCCGUGAGCACAUUGGCAUAAACAAUCAUUGAACGUUGGAUCAAAAUCACGAUAUUCAGUAGUAGCGAGUCAAUAUUCGUUCAUGUUCAUUGGAUCCAUUUAAUGACAUUCUCCAUGACAGAUAAAAAACAAUCAAACAAACAAGCAAACUAAACGACAAAAAAACAGACAUGCUCUUUCCGUUGAUUAAUACCGAGGUUAUUGUAAAGUAAUGCAACGAUAAUCUUUCUGAGAGUGAUGCCUUUCUUUUUUUACUUCAGCUCCUUUGUUUAACUAAAAUAUUUGCCUUAACUCACUAGAGGAUUUAUAGUAACCGUUUCUAAAGUGUCUUAAAAACGAAACGCUGGUUAAUCUUUUAAGUGUCAAAUCCUUUCUAACUUUUUAGAUCCAAUCAUAAAUUUUGACUCGCUAAGGCAUUUAGAGUUAAGCAAUAUAAUCUAUUGAUAUUUUACACAUUUUGCAAAUCAUAUGCUAUUUUGCUCCGUCAGCUCCAGCUCUUGUCCCUAACUUAAUAACCGGAUAAAAUAAGUCGCAGAAGCCUUAAGUGAGAUGGAGUCUUCUGCCAGCAGGAAAUUUCCAAAGGCAAUCCGUUGGUUACAGGAUAAAUCAUUACCCAGCUGAUUUGAAGGGUGAAAUUGAUUUUGUGAGCGUGAACUUCUCGACAAAUAUCGUAACACUGACCAACCUUACUGUUCACACCACGUAUGUCAUUAACGUGACAGCGCUAAGCAAAAUUAUAGCUCUUCGCCAACGUUUUCAAACUUUGCACAUAUCCUAACCGAUUUCUGCAAAAAAACAACUUGUUAUCGUCAAGUUUGCAUCGUCCUAAAACGAGGACACCAACUUCUUAAGGCGAGUAGAUCAGUUUUCUGUAAUUUUUAUAUCGAUUCUUGCCUUUAUGUGUUAAUCUGAGCUUUAGGUCUGACACCGUAUGAAAAAGUAAUUACGUAGAGCCAGUUGCGAAGUUUUUAAAGGAGAGGUUUGCCUCAGAUCGAAACGAUUCGUUUUUAUCUCGGUCAUGGAAACUAUUAUAAAUGAAUUAGGAUAUUGAGCUGUUUUAAGGUGACAAAGAGUACCCCAUAGAGUUUUCCUACGACCUACUAUACAAAUUUGACCACGGUAGCCGCCAUUUCUAAUCGUGCGUAGCAACCUUUGGCUGGUAAAUUGUCAACGUUAAUCUUAAUCAGCUGUUUGUGUAACUUGAGUUGUGUGUUUGCCAGUACGUCUAAGUUGCUAACUUGUCUUUAAAAAUGGUGCCGUGCGUGGUCGAUUUUUAAGCACAUUUGAGAACACUUUAUGAAAGGUUGGCUUCUUUUUCGGUGUAAACGCGGUUGUUAGAAGAUUUUAAAGUAAGUCAUAGGCAUAACUUCUUUUGCUGUGGGGUAUUUCUCUUCUUUAAAGAAAAUGAAGUUUCGCAAUUCAAUAGCCUAUACGGAGCCCCUAUUUCAAUUUGACCAACUUACCCAGUCCAUUCAAUGAUUUAUGAAGAAUGCAAUACUCUUUUGAAAAAUGGGCUGAAGAAAAUAAAAAUUUUGUGUAUGAAAUCUACAAUGGUAAAUUAUCGACCCAUCCGAACCGGACAUUUAGAUUAAAAAUUAAUGGCAUACUAAGCGUAUAUGGACACUUAAUUUACGAAAGCUCAUCAAUCCUUCUUUUCCUCAAGCUCCAUCCCGAGCUCCUGAUUUGGUAACUGUUUGCAGUUACAGUUCUACGAGUCUAAUAGUGGAUUGGCGUCAGUUGCGAGAGAAACAAUUUCAAGGGAAACCAAUUGGCUAUAGAGUCACUUAUCACUAUGUUGGGUUGGAACUAGAUGGUGGCUCCGUAAGAGUGAACUACUCAACAAAUAGAACAACACUGACCAACCUGACUGUCUAUACUAUGUAUGUUAUUAAAGUGUCGGCGGUAAGCUCUGGAGGAAUAGGACCUGCGUACAUAGUAGAGACGCGAACUGGCGCAGAAGGUAUGAUUUCUGUGAUAAAAAAAUAUGAGCCACUUUCCAUGAAAACAGAGAGGUUGUCAAGUUGUUACUGUGCUAAUUUCCUUUUUUCUCCUGUCGGCUAUGGGAAGAAGAGUAAUGAGAUUGAAGCAUUUGAUACUACCUGUUCGUCCAACUAUUUUGAUUUGUUAUGGCUAGAAAGUUAGUCAUCGAUGAUCUUCUCAAUACCAUUUUUUCUCUUCUAGCUCCCUUUCUGGCCCCUGGCUUUGUAUUUGCCCACAGCACCAGUUCCACAACGGUAAUAAUAAAAUGGAGUCGCCUGUCAGAAAAAGAUUUUCAUGGACAACUCAUUGGCUAUAAUAUAACGUAUUCCUCACUCGAUUUGCAGAGUGAGGUUAAUGUGAUUACUACGAACUACACAGCAAAUUCCACAACACUGACCAACCUGACUGUUUAUACUAUUUAUGUCAUUAAUGUAUCAGCGGUAAGCUCUGGAGGAAUAGGACCUGCAAACACAGUAACUGCUCGAACAGACUCAGACGGUACGGAUGAUAUCUCUAUAAAGUAAAAUCUCGAGGGUUUAAUUACUCUACGCCAUAUUUUAUGUUUCCAAUUGUGUUUAAACUUUAACAGUUAUAAUGUCUCCUUUAGCACCUCUCCGGGCCCCUGUCUUGGUAACCACACAAAACUCCAGUUCUACAAGUUUGUUGGUUCAGUGGACUCGUCUACCAGAGGAAGAUUUUCGGGGCCAACCAAUUGGAUACAAUAUCAUUUACUACCCCGCUGAAAUAGAGAAUGAUGUAAACUUGGUUACUGUGAACUUCACGACAAAUAAAACAACGCUGACCAAUCUGACCGUUUACACCAUUUAUGUAAUUAACGUGACAGUGGUAAGUUCAGGAGGAAUCGGUCCUGUAAAAACAGCAAAGGUUCGAACAGACGCAGAAGGUAUGGGUGUCGUUAAGCUUAGCUUACCUGUUUGACAAUGUAACAUUAAGUAACACUUUUCUGGUGAAAAGACAAAAAAGAGUAACGCAAGCAAACCCAGUUUCUGUAAGUGUCAUGAGAAAACAUCCUAAUAGGUUGCUGUGUUUUGAUUUUUAGAAGUUUUUGCAUUUUUACCGAUCGAGAUCUGAAAUAAGCGUUAUUCAUGGUUCAAAUACUGUAACGAUUUUAUUGUUGCACUUUUUUGUUAAGUAAAUGUUGUUGAAAUUGGAUUGAUAGACAUAAUAAUUUUAAGUUAGAAGGUUAGAUAUAUAAAAUGAGAUUUCAAGAAGGAGGCCAUAUUACGUCAUAUACGUGAUGACGUGUUUUUUCUGUACGCAGUCUUUCUUUACCAAACUUACAUUACGUUAGGGUAUUUCUAUAGGUAAAAUUUUCCCUUUGGUUUUACAAUCCGUGUUUAAUUUUUUUGAUGUGUCCACGUUUAUCGAUCUGGUUUAUGAUUUCCUCAGUUUUCAGAACAGAUGCAAAGGGUAAGGAUGUCUUUAAAAUAGCUUUAGAUGUAUGAUCGUUUCACAGUAACCUAUGAAAAAUAAAUAUGUACAUGGAACUCACAUAUGAUAGGGAAGAUUCAUCCCAUUAUGUUAUUGAUAACUUGUUUUUUCUCCGCCAAGCCUGCCAUCUUCACCUAAAUUACGCUGGUCUGGUUGUUUCCUUUUGCUUGUUGAACACAUGUUGUCAAGUCGCCGAUAAUCUUUCCAAUCUCAUUGUUGUUUUCUAAGCUCCAUCACAAGCUCCCCACUUGGUAACCGUGUACAACUCCAGCUCCACAAGUCUCGAUGUUCGAUGGAGUCUCCUGUUGGAGAAACAUUUUCAAGGACAACCCACUGGCUACAGAAUAUCUUAUUACUCAGAUAAGUCAGAGAAUGAUACAAAGGUUAUGAGUUUAAAUUACGCAACUAAUACCACAACACUGACGAACCUGAAAGUUUAUACCAUGUAUGUCAUUUAUGUGUCAGCGGUAAGCUCUGGAGGAAUAGGCCCUGCGAAGACAGCAAGGGCUCGAACAGACGCAGGAGGUAAGGAGGUGCUGAAGUGGAUGUAGGUGUAGGAAACCGUUUUGUCGCCAAAAGGACCUUUCGUCGAAGGAAGAAACACGAAGAGACAUUUAACAAUAAUUUCAUGCCCCUCUGAAGCCAAUGAGGGGAUUUUCUUCCUGCUAAUCUACUGAAUUUUCAGGACUGUUGAGUUAUUAAUUUUUAGUAGUAAUUAGGAAAUAUUUUUAUAUUCAACGAAUGCAGAGUGGAAAUGUUGGAAUGCUUUUUGUCAUUUUCAGUCGUUGAGUUUUCUUGUAGGAUUUGAAAAAUUCGUAGAAUUUUGCAUUUGAUUCAAUAAGUAGACAUCAUCUCAUACCAUUAUAAGUUGCCAUCCUAAAACAUAUUCCCACCAAAUUUAUCAAAGUCAUCGUUUUAUUCUCAGCUCCAUUUAAAGCUUCUGAGGUUGUAACUGCACAUAAUUCCAGCUCCACAAGUCUUGUAGUGAAUUGGAGUCACCUGCCGGAAAAGAAAUUUCAAGGAAAACCUAUUGGUUACAAAAUCACCUUUCAUCCGGUUAAGUCAGGGAUUGAUGUUAAGUAUGUGAGCGUAAACUACACGACAAAUAGCACCACCCUGACCAACCUAACAGCUUAUACCAUAUAUGUGAUUCGGGUGUCAGCGGUAAGCUCUGGAGGAAUAGGACCUGCAAACACAGUGAAGGCCCGAACAGACUCAGAAGGUACUGUAGAAUCGAUGAUACUUUACAGAAGCAAAGUAUGUUCUCUUUUUUAAAAAUAGAUUCAGAACCGUGACAUUACUAAACAGUAUUGUGUAAGGAAAUUCUCACAUAUAUACAAACCUCUUGAGUCUCUUGUUUAUUGAUAAUUAAGAUUAUUUUUACCUUUGUGAACUGUAGGUGUUAAGGUUUUAAGAAUUUCUAGAGUGCGAGCAUAUUGUAAAUUCGAAAGUUAUUUUUAUUAAAAAAAUUUUUUUAAAUUAAAAUUUAUUUUUUGUUAAAUUCGAAAGGUAUUUUAAGAUUAAUUUGUCUUCGAUUUUUUGGUUGAACAAUUUUCUUCAAUUGAUCUCAGCUCCUUAUAGGGCUCCUGACUUGGUUAUCGCCUACAACCUCAGUUCAACGAUUCUUGCAGUAAAAUGGCGUCACCUGCCAGAAAACUAUUUUCAAGGAGAACCACUCAGUUACAGAAUCAGUUACAACCCAAUUGCUUCAGAGAAUGACAUUAAUGCUUUUAGUGUGAACUACACGUCAAAUACAACAACACUGACCAACCUGACUGUUUAUACCGUUUAUGUCAUUAAUGUGUCAGCGGUGAGCUCCGGGGGAAUAGGACCUGCAAACACAGUUAGGGCCCGAACAGGCGCAGAGGGUAAGAUGGUUUUUAAAUAAGAAUUUUCCAAAAAGAGAGCAAAGAGAAAAAUUUAACGCUUGAAUUACAUCUCAAUUACAUCUGGACAACAAGUCAACAAUAAAGUAGUAAUCCUGAGAUUCUUGGUUGGAGCUUUGUGGUUGUCUCAGCUAUUAAUUUGGCAGAACACCUGGCUCUUUGAAAUUUUUAAAAGAUCUCAGAUAACCCGUUAAGGAAAGAGCAAAAUUUAUUCAGUAGAUUGCUAGGGAAAAAAUUAGUAGCAGUCGUUUUUUUUUCUAUUUUCCAGUUCCCUCUGUUGCACCUGGUCAAGUUAUGGUGACUGCGCAGAGUUCCACAAGUUUGCAUGUUUCCUGGACUGCUGUUCCUCAAAAACAUCACCGUGGAAAGAUCCACAUGCACAAGAUUUAUAUCAGUCUGGCUACUCAGCCAAUCAACUAUAUCAAUUCAUAUUUUUCGUUCAAUCCAGUCGAGUACAACAUUAAUGACCUUCGUGUUUUCACAUUGUACGUCAUUCGUGUUUCGGCGGUGAAUGAGGCAGGAGAAGGACCGAAAAGUAGAGCUGUUACAGCAAGAACUCUGCAGGGCGGUGAGUUUACUCAUAUCAGGCGGAAAUAGAUAUAUUUUUGUAGAUGUAUUAGUUAUUUAGUAAUACCCAUCUAUUUCUGUAGUGCCCAGUGCACCCCCGAUGAAUUUAAGUUUGGUUCAUAGCGACUCGUGGUCCAUCGUCGUAGAAUGGAAACCAGUCCCUGUGGGAUAUGAGAAUGGUAUAAUCAAAGGAUACACGCUGGUUCACAGAGUGAAGGAUUCCGAAAACUCUAUGUCCAUGGCUGAUGACUCCAUCUAUUCCAAGAAUAUUGCUGUUCUUUCUGGGUUGGAAUUUGACACAUUGUACUCAAUCCGAGUGGCUGCUUUCACAAAUGCUGGUUCUGGAAAUUUCUCGGAGCCAAUCGAAGUCAGAACAAAAAUGUGUAAGUAAAGCUCCAUCACUUCCUUUAUUGAGACCAAAAGAUUUUCUCUUGUCUAAAAAAUUUCUCUCUGUCUUCAAAAGCGUGGCUGCUUUCCUUUCGACUCAUAUAGCAUGCUUAGUGGGGGACUGAUGAUAAAAACUGGAGGGGUAGGGUAGCUUGCACAUAGGACAGACGAAGCUGGCUCCUCUCUGUUUAUUUAUUCAUUGAUCGACUUUUUUUAUUUUAUCUUGUAUAUUUAUCGUUUUUUUUUAUCCAGCAUCCUUAUCUUCAACAUUCUUUGAUUUUGUAGUUGACCCAUGUGACGAUGUUUUUUGCUUAAAUGGAGGGACAUGUAUACUGACGCCUGAAUCCUACCUGAAUGCAAGCAAACCUUGCAUAUGCCAAAAACGGUUUUUCGGAAGAUUGUGUGAUGCUUAUGUUGCUGGUAAGAACGUAGCAACAACUUUCCAAUUCUGAAUUCAGCAUUGUCGAAAGCAUUUUUGUAAGAAUCUUUACAUUUUUCAAUCUUGGUUCCUUAGAGCGUUCGUGUCGAAGUCCGACCGUAGAGCUGCCUGGCCUGUCAUCAAAUGUAACCUCGUCACUGACUGUACGUCGAGCCAAUCAGCUUGUAAUUUCUUCAAAAGUCACUCUUGAUUGUGAGCUUUUGUAUGAGACAAUAUUUAACUGGGAAGUGUACGAUCUGCAUUCACAAUCUCGUGAACAUCCCUUUCUUUCAAGAUACGGUGGUACCUCAGAAUUUCUCAUAAAACGAGGCAAGCUACCGGUGGGUAUAUACUUGGUGCGACUGACUGUUAAAAUGGCGGGAACGCAAGUAUUUGGCCUCAGUGAGGGCUACAUCCGGGUCAUUGAAAGUCCAUUAGUUGCGCAUAUCUCCGGAGGAACAAAGGUAGAAAGAGGAUUCAAUAAAACCUUGGUGUUCAAUGCUUCCUUGUCACGUGACCCUGAUUCCUUCAAUCCUCCUAACGGUAAGAUGACUACUGUACUCUGAUCACGAAGUAAGACUGGAUAUAUUUGCUUUUCAUAAAUUUACUGUGGUGGCCAUCUUUUCCAUUCUAAAAUUCACGCUGAUAAUUGACUGUACUCUCUUAGUUGAGAGCGAAGAUGUUUCAAUCGAAGAUUCGUAGUCCACCAUCAGGCGCACCUGUCCUCGCCUCUUUUUGUUAACCUUCCUCUCGGUUUCAUUUCCUUUUUUUUUUUUUUAUCGCUGUCCCUGAUGGUAACGUUUCUAGUCUGAUCUUAUCCUUUCUCGUAAAAUGGAAUUAAAAAAGAAAAUACGCGAAAUGGCCGUUCGGCAAGAGUACCUUAGGGCUACCUUCUAUUUUUAGGUCUUCGUUUUACAUGGAUAUGCAGAAAUUAUUCACAGAAGUUUUCUGACGAUCUACUUGAAAUACCCGUGGCCCUGCCAAGACCUUCAGCAGCCAAUCUCGACAGUGGAGGAUGUUUUGGGAUUGGAGCAGGGAAUAUAGGCGGCAACGAUUCCAUUGUUAAGAUUGACAGUGGGUAUAUGACAGAGAAUAGUUCAUAUUUCAUAACAGUUGUGGUCGAGAAGCAUCCGAGAAAAGCGUAUUUCACACAGGAAGUAAUUAUUUCUCCUGGUGAUCCUCCGGUAGUCGAGAUAAGGUACGGUCAUAGAAUACAUAAAAACAGGAGUAACAGAUAACAUAGAUAAUUCAAGGAGGCCUUGCACCCACGAUAUAGAUUUCUUUUAUAACUUCGUAGUAAGAUGAACAUUAAUUUACUUUUUGGAAUUCACCAUUAAGAGACGGGAGGCGCCUAAGUCGGUAGAUACAUUAAGUUUAAAUCAUUAGACAAAAAAAGAGUAUCUCUACAUUGAUUUAAUGUUCUCAUGGUAACCAUAUUUGGAAAAAACCAUCACAACUUUUUGCAAAAUAAUUUGGCACAUUUUCUACAGCGUGUGCGAGUAAUUCUGAUAAAGUAUUAACUUGGGUUACGGAGGGCUUUCCUUGCCCGGUGAAGAGUCCAUUUUAUCCGGCACGAAUGAAGACUUGAAUUCACUGCAAAGACAAAAAACGUCGAAAUCACAGACCGUGUGUGAAAGACCGGGGCUCGCAAGAAAACGAUAACAGAAUUACAGAGAAAAUGUUUGGAAGGUAUGUUUUUAUCUAGUGUCCUUUUAUUGCGCGUUAUUAAUUUGUUUUGUUCUGUAUCCUAGAUGUGAAGAUAAUUGUGACUUAAAAAUGAAUCCCUCUCGUCGUUUAGCGCUUGCACGACUCUGCGAGGAGCUUGACUGCAGAAGGGGCCUUUCUUAUCAAUGGACUCUUUUUGAGGCCGAUGUGGCGAACGAGUCCAAAUGGAUUCGAGUCGGUGAUUUACAAGAAAAAAUUCGUACACGAUUGACCUCGCCGAGAGUCGUUUUAAACCCUGGAGUACUGAAAUCCAAUAUGAUUUAUAAAUUCGUGUUAACUGCUAAACGGCGCGGAGGACACGCGGGCUACUCAGAGUACCAGUUCGCCACUUACAGCUCCCCUACUGAGGGAAAAUGUGACGUCACCCCUUUGUCUGGAAGAACACUGGACACUACCUUUACUUUCGCGUGCAGUGGCUGGGCAUAUCCAGAUCGUCCUUUGCAGUAUUCAUUCAUUUAUUUCAUCGAUGAUGUUUUUCCCAACGUUGUAUGCAAAGGGAUGGAAAGAAGUAUUAAGACAACGCUUCCCGCUGGACAACAGAUAAAAAACUAUACAAUCGACUUUCGUGUACGAGUGGCUGACAUGUUCGGAGCCUUUACUGAAGUGAGGACUCCUGUUCAGGUAUGGAACGAAUGCAUUCGAAUUCAGACAAUUUUCUAUGAGGCUGCAUUAUUUUGACAAAAGGAAAGUUUGAAACUUUUCAUUGCUUUAUGAUGAAAGGUGAGAAUCGUGCGUUAUGCGAUUCAGUAAUUUGCAGCCCGUCCUCUCAAAGAAGAAAAAGCCAAAUUUAUCAAAACGUGCAGCUUCUGCCCAUUCCUUUUGAAACAUUUGUUUAUUGAAAUGAUUCUCUUGAUUACUUUUCCUCUUAUCUAAUAUCAGGUGCUGCAGCUUCAGUUAAACGCAGAGAGGCUUGUGGACCGCGCUGUUCAGUUAACGACUGGAAACCAAAGUCAGUUGAAUAAAUUACUUCAGUCAGGAGACUUGUCACAGGCUGUUCAGCUGGCCAAAGCAGCCAUUGUGGCUGUUGACGUUGAUGAAAAAAUUCCUCAGAAUAAGCUCAAAGAAAAGAGGAAAGGGGUGAGUACUCGAUAAUGGUUUUCAUGAGCAGUUUCUUAAAAUCUGACGGAAAACUUGCUAAAUAUUUACAAAGAAUUGUAAAACAACUUAAUGUAAAUUUGGACUUCAAGUUCAAAAUAACAAAUAUUAAUUAUCCACAAGUUGACAAACUUGCACCGUAUGAGGACUGUGCAACAAUGGACACCGGAAAGGGUCUGAUUUUGGACUGAAAAAAACCUUUAUAAGCGAAUGAAAACUUGUCUCUGGAGUGAAAUGCUGAUCACGACAAGCCUUUCUAUCUAUAGGUAACAGUCAUUCGUAAACGUUAUUUUGUGCAGGUGAAAUCCAGUAUUGUAAAACGGUUGUCUGCUGUACAAGUGGAGACUGUGGAAAGAAUACAACAAAUAUCCAAGGUUAUAGCCGAGGCCGUCUCGGUUGUUGGCGAAGUUACCGCAGAAGCACAGGUAAAUUUUUUUUACGCAUCUAUUUUUUUCACAAACAUUAAAUUUUUCUAAACAACUUUCAAAGCUCAAUUUUUACCUGGAGAAGGUGGAGUCCUCCUUGAAUGAUAGUUUGUGAAACCUUAAUGAACACCAAUGUGGUGAUGAACUUUCAGAGAGCAGCAGCAGAUGCCCUUCAGUCCAUGACUACAGUUUUGAAAGAAGAAUCCUCAGCAGGGAAAAGUUACGAGGCGCUUUUGGACGGUGCAAGAAGUCUUGCUGCUGGUCUCGGUGGCAUGCUCAAGGUGUCUUCAUACUGGGCAAGAGAAUACGAGAUGAGGGACACCCACCAGGUGGAUUCGGCCAAUGUACACCGCCAACGAAAAAGCCUUCGUUCUCUAGACCCUACUGUCCAACAAAGAUCAAAGCAAGACGGUACAGCUGAGCUGCUACAAGGGAGGAAUGAGGUAUAAUAAUGCGACGUUUACCUUGGGCGGAAUUGGUUGGCUUUACAUCUUUAGAAGCAGCGAGCUCCUGCUGGGUUACAAAAAAGCGAUCGUAGUCGUUAAUCAUUCUGUUGGGGAAAGGGGGGAAUGAGGGCAUCUAAAUUAAUGUGCUUUUUUCUUGCGAUCAGCUUAUGAGCAGCCCUAAUGAAACUUAAUCCACAGAUCAGUUCAUUCAUAAAGAAAAUCAAGUCAUUUUUAGAGUUACCUCGUAGGUUCAAUUACUUCAAUCACUCCCUGAAUUCUAUCAACAUUUUUAAUAUAAACGCUGAAAAUUAAAAUAAUUAGCAAUCGUAGUUUCAGUCAGCUGCCUUUAAGAUUUGUUACUCUACUUUAUAGUCAAGAGAACGAGCUCUGGGCCUUUUACAGUCGCUGGAAAAUGUUGGAAGAACCAUCUUGUCUCGAACCCUAGUCGGUGAGAAGCCAAAAGAGCUUUCAUCCCAGCCUGUGUCUCAGCUUAUUUUUCGAGAGGAGCCUCACUUCCUACCAGGAUCUGUUUUGUCCAACCAAGACUACAGUUGUGCGCUUCCUUCAGAUUCGAAUCUGUUCGGCAAUAGUACAUUGUUUGUGGAUAGCCAGGUAUUGAAAUAACGUCACUUGUUUUUUUGACUAGUUUGCAACAUGUAGGCAGUCAGUCCUUUUCUUUGCCCGCCUUAGUCUCAACAGGUUAUAGAUAUCAAGUGGAAAAUAGAUUUUGUAUUAAGGAUCAACGAAAAAAGCCGCUUUUUAAUCAUUAACAUUAUGGUGCACAUAAUGUUUAUCAAUACGUUCUCAUGUCAGCAGAAGAUCAGAGUAACAGUGACAGCCUGUUAAGGCUUUCUUCCAGAAAAAUUUUUCAGUUAUUUUAUGAACCAAGGUGUCUGAGUUAGAAGUUUACUCUAUGUGGAAAAGGUAGAUUAGUGGGCCACAUUUCACAAUUCCGUUUUUACUUCAGAUGAUCACAACAAGUUUUGUAUCUUACUCGUGGCACCCUUCAGCGGCGAGAUUGACAAGUGGAGUUUUCAGCCUUGAGUUUAAAAACAGCUAUGGGCAUCUCUUUAAUGUGACAGAACUGACAACGCCGAUGACUAUCAAAUUGCGCAAUAAUUACAAUUUAAUUAACACCUCUCGAUCAUACUUCGUUGGUACUCGUAAGACUGUGUUCCACAAGAUAAAUAUCACUCAUUUGGGGAUAACUCUGAUACUGAGGGUUCGUCCAGAAAAUAGCAAAACAGAAUUGUUUGUGACUCUUAUGUUUGGAAAACGACCCUCAGCUAAUAACAGUGAUAUGAACGUCACCGUCCCUAACUUCUCAACCUGCGCUCAGACGUCGUCUGGUUAUGUCAACUGCUCAACUGAUCCGUAUAAGGUACUCGUAGACAGUAAACUCAUCAAAAAGACAGGCAUUUACUUCAUUGGAAUACAAAUCAAGUCAAAGGGUCCUUCUAGGAAGAGGCGGUGCAUAGGACAAGGACGGUCAAAACGCGCAUGUGUGCAAUAUAAAGAAGUCCUUGCAGCAGACGGUACUAAAGCAGGACAGUCUCCACACAAUCGAAUCUUUAGGAAGGGCGAUGAAAAUUACACCAUACAAGUGAUGCCAGCUGCCUGUCUCUAUUGGAAUACCGCAAUGUCUAAAUGGACAUUUGAUGGAUGUAAGGUAAGUGAGCAUUGUUGUUCAGUGUCAAUGCUAUCUAACCAUUUGCUUUAUCAAAUGAAGUGCGAAACUAAGUUCAUACAGACAAUUUAGUGUUUUCUUAUUGACAAUGGUUUGCAUUAUGAACAGGUGGCUGAAACAACAACUAUGGAUGUGAUUUACUGCCACUGCAACCAUUUGACUACAUUUGGAGGUGAAUUGUUCGUGGCAGCAAACCCCAUCGAUUUUGACAAAGUAUUUGUUGAAUUAAAACGCAUUCCAGAGACUGGAAAUGUAGCUGUAAUUAUAACAGUGAGCUGCGUGUUCGGACUUUACUUAAUACUUAUACUGUGGGUUCGGAAGGCCGACAAGAAAGAUGCUUUGAAGGUAGGUGUCAGUAUGUUUCUCAAGGAGUAGAUGAUAACCUUAUUCUACAUCUUUUAAAUGUGUUUAAAUUAAAAUCAUAAAGUCAUCAGACAACGUUCGCUUUGUCGUUCAUUUCAGAUUGGCGAUAAACAAUUUUUGGGAUCUUUAUCACCCUGGUGUUGUCGAUACGAGAUUGAAAUAUCCACAGGCAUUUGGUUUGAUUCUGGUACCAGUGCUAAGGUGUAUCUAGUACUUGAGGGCGAAAUGGAAUCCAGUCGACCUUAUCAUUUAAAGAGCAAUUCCUUCAUUCCAUUUGCAAGAGGUAGCUUAGUGUGUUUUACCCUCUCGGUUCCGAGUAAUGUUGGCACCUUACGGAGAGUGCGCGUGUGGCAUGACAACUCUGGUGAAAGCCCUUCUUGGUAUCUAAACACAAUCAAGAUUUAUGACGCGUUCAGUCAGGAGCUUAAGACUUUUACCUGUCACAAGUGGUUAGCUGUUGAGAAGGGAGACGGAUUAAUAGAUCGCACUCUUGCUGCUGAUUCAACUGCCGGGAAGCGAAAGAAUUUAUGGGAAUCUUGCCGGAAUACGGUGGCCGGAAAACUCGGUGAUGGGCAUCUGUGGUUUUCUGUCGCAACCAGACCACCAAGUAGACGCUUCACUCGCGUGCAGCGUUUGUCGUGCUGCCUGUCACUUCUGUUGACCACAAUGUUGGCCAGUGCCAUGUUUUAUCAGUUUGUGCCUGGGCACGUUCAGCAACAGCGCACAUUUAGGUUGGGCCCUCUGGUCCUAAAUUUGCGACAACUAAUUAUUGCAUUGGAGAGCAUUGUUGUAGUUUUGCCCGUAAAUUUGAUAAUAGUAGGAAUAUUCAGUCACGUGGCGACUAAUGUCGACACACCAGGGCAACUUCAACAAAGAUACAAGGUUAGAGAAAGGUUUAGCAUCCACAAGGUUACUGAGAAACAUCGAUACCGAAGAGGCCUUCGCAUGACUCUACCGUAUUGCUUUGUUUACUUAGCCUGGUUUCUGUGUUUCAUCUCGUCAGCUGCAUCAGCAACUUUUAUUAUUCUAUAUAGUUUACAUUGGAGUAGAGAGACAAGCGAGGAAUGGCUUAUCUCCAUUGUCAUGUCCUUGUUUGUAGAAAUAUUUCUUUUAGAACCGGUAAAGAUCGUCGUCGUGGCUUUAUUUUUGUCGUUCUUUUGUCAGUUGGAUGCUGAUGAACUUGCUCAAACUCCCAGGACGGUCGUACAUUUUGAUGAAGUUACCUUUGCCGACGGCCAAAAGGAAGAUGAAAACGACGAAAAAAUUGCCUCACCAAAGCCCCUGAGCAAGAAAGAAUUGCACCGUGCGAGGAUCUAUCGAAUGCGAGAACUGCGUAUGUACAAGGCGAUACAGAAGAUAGUCUGCUAUUUUCUAUACCUUUUGGUACUGAUGAUCAUGUGUUAUGGAGGUCGGAGUCGGUACAGUUAUUCUCUGAAAUUUUCACUAGAGCAAAAAUUUGGAGAAGUGAAUGAGGUAUGUUCAAGCCUCCCUUCAUUUAUCUACUGUACUAUUGAGAGCAUGCUUGCAUUUUCAAUUUUAAGGCGAAAUGUGGUAAAAAUUGAAUCGCUGUCAACCUAUAGUAGGGACCUUAAGCAGUCAGGACGGCAACGCCGAGGAAAACUUCGAUUAAAAAAUGAAUUUCUGCCUUAUAUUAGAAUUUCAAAAAUGGCUGCAUUUGUUUACCGUCUCAUACGGUGCCACACCUCAACUUCAGCAUAACGUAUAAAAGAAGCGUUGAGUUCCAAAUGGAAAUUAAAAUAAUUUGCCGUCGCGGUUUCGGUUUCGUAGACGACGCAAAUUGUGGUGAUUUCACGUUGUUGUUUUGCAUAGGACGGCUAAGAAAUGUACAAAGUUUCGAAACGCACGUGCUGAGCUAUUGUUCUGCCAAUUAGAUCUUUUGUUUUUCCACAUCCUCGUUGCAGUCGCUGUCGUGGUUUGCUUAAGGUCCCUAGUAUCUUUGUGUUGACUACCAGGAAGGGAAUGAGUUCAUAAUAACUGUACACUGAACUGAUUGAUUUUCUUUGAAUUUCCAGUUAUGUAGAUUGUUUUUUUUUAACACUGCAUUACUUCGUUAGAUCUUGACUCUCGAGAACAUGUGGCAGUGGCUUCAAGACGUUUUGUUACCCGGAAUUUACCAGGACGGUGAGGACUUGGCUUUUUCAAAUUCUACUACGUUCACUGGAGAAGGUGAUGUAGUCCUCGUUGGGAUGCCCCGCCUUAGACAGCUGAGAGUGAAGAAAGGUGCAAAUACAUAUAUGUGUAUUAUAUUUCAGCAGGAUGACUGGCAGUAAAAUGCUGUAAACCGUUAAAGAUUUACUUUUUGACUUUUACUUUCUUUUAGAUUCAUGUCAUGUCGUUAAGGAAGCGAAAUCUCUAUUCAACUCUUGCAUCGCGUCAUAUUCACUAGAAGCUGAAGAUAAAACGGAUUUAUAUCGGCCAGGAUGGCUUCCACUUUUAUCGUCACUGAAUUCAUCAACUGAAACAUUGAACAAGGUCUGCCCCAAGCCUUGGCGUUAUUCCACAGCAGAGCAAACCAAAAGCUUUCCCUUUUGGGGAAGACUUUAUCCUCUUUAUAGUCAGGGUGGUUACCUAGCAGAGCUAGGCUACGACAGAAAGUCUGCCACGAAAGUCAUUUCUGAGCUGAACAUGUUAAACUGGUUUGACAAGUACACUAGUACUGUAUUGAUUGAAUUUGUAAUUUUCAACCCUCAUGUUAGUCUGUUUAGUGCAGUUUGGAUACCGGUGGAGUUCUCACCAUCUGGCUAUGUGGCUUCUGGUCACAUGAUUCACCCUCUUCACAUGUACAACAUUGGAGCUGGCUACAGUGUCGCUCAUCUUGUUUGUCAGAUAUUGUUCCUGUUGUUUAUUGUUUACUUCGUCUUCAAAGAGACCAAAGAGAUGAUUCAACAACCAAACCACUACUUCCGUCGAUUUCUGAAUUGGAUUGAACUGGCUCAGAUCUUUGCAGCAAUUUCCUUUGCAGUCGUUCAUAUCUUUAAAGAGGUAGAACUCUCUGUUCACACGACUAAACUUCAUGAAAAUGUCUUCCAGUUUAUAAGCUUUGACAGAAUCGUUUUACUCGAUGAUAUGGAGACAGCAUUUUUGGCUUUAUUAAUGUUUUUCAACACUUUGAAGUUGCUGUAUUUGCUCAGAUUUAAUAGUUAUGUUAAACGUUUGUCUGAUGUCACGAAGGCGUCUUUCCUGGAACUCGUAAACUGCUCAAUAGGAUUCUACGUCUUCAUGUUCGCCUUUACUCAUUUUGGAUUCAUUCAAUUUGGAAGAGAGGUGGAGGAGUAUUCCUCGCUCUCUAGCGCUUUCCGGUCCCUUCUCAUCCAGGGAGUCUUAAGCGACGGGGCUGAAUAUCUCCAAGAUGGUCAUGAUGUCAUCGGUCCUACUUUCUUCAUAGUUUUCAACAUCUGUCUGCAAGUGAUAUGGGUUAACAUCUUCAUUUCCAUUCUUAUUUAUAAUUACCGAACCGUUACGCAGUUCUCCAGAGGAAGAUUUAGCUUUGGGAAAUUUAUGAUAAGGAAAAUCAAGGAGAUCCUGCAUUGCAUAGGAGACGGGAAACCACCUCAUACCGGGCCGAGCAACAACAGGAAGAAAAGGGUGCACUGGGAAAACGAAAACGAUUCUGUUGAACUGGGUAACAACAACGACGACAUCGGUAGGAGCGAAAGAGCCGAUGGCAAGACCCGGGGUCCUCCUUUAAAGGAGUUAGACAAGUGCGUCACCCUGAUGAGUCUAAAGUUCAAUGACCUCUACAUUGACGAGUUUAUCGAAGACAUUGAGGACAUCGAAUUAUUGAACCGGUGGACGGACACUUGUGCGAGUAGAAGGAAUGUGUCUGAGAAUAGGAGGGCUGGUACCCAAUCAGACGAAGUUGUACAAGCAUCGGAGACCCACAGAAUGAAUAAACACGUGAAAAGAGGGUGA